GUGCCUCAAGUUGCUCGGAGGAAACUUUGCUCUGAAUGAACAGAAAGGAGGUAACAGAGAUAAAUGUAAGAAAAUGUCACGAAAAUAUGGGACUACGAGCUUCCGUUUGUGUCGUUGUUGUUACAAAUGGCGUUGUCAAUGUCUUGUACCACGGAAAAAGAAGUCACACCCACCUUUCAACAGCGGAACGAAGCAAAGUAAUAAGCUAGGGCUGCAUCCGAAAUUAAACGCACCAAUAUCACCGCCUGUCGGUUCCUACGAUCCUCGACCGAUUGAUUGUAAAUCUGUAAUUAUUAGGUAAAUUGUCACCUCGAUCCGUUUCCGAAAUAGCGUAAGAAUUUCCAUAUAAAUAGUACAAAUUACGGCGCAGUUGGAAAAAGCAACAAGAAACGGAAGAAUUCUCCGCCGCGAUGGGUGGCAGAUUAACAAGAAAAAUUGUCGAUCGGAAGAGUUUAAUGAAAGUCGGAUGUGGACCAGGAAGUCACGAGAUACUUCGCUGGCCGGAGAGUACCAUGAUGCUCUGUAAAAAUUUACAAACAAACGUUUUCUUUGGGACCGUUCCACGAUUUGAACCGAGUUACAAGUCCACCACGCCUGGUCCAGGCUACACGCUGAGAACGCACAAUCCCUUUUUCUAUUUGGAUCAGAAAAGGUUGAAAGGUUUCUCUCCCAUACCUUCAUUCGAGUUUGAUAAUUUAGUACCUAGAUUUCGAGAAACUAUAAAAUGUUGGUCUCUACCAUGCACUAGGUACAGCGUAAAACACCCAAAUUCUCUGCAAGCCUUUCUCGAAAAAAUUACGGGCAAGCGAGGACCUUACGAUCUUUUCACAGGACCGAGGGAUGAGACUACUAUUAGACAUUUGAUACGUGCAAAAUUAGAAGAUCAUGGGGAUUGGCCACGAAAAUUACCAGAUGAAAUAGAAAAACUUUCGAACAAAUGUAACUAUUUUAAGGGAAAAUGGUCCGUCAACCCUAGAUUCACGAAGAAACCGACUACGAGGAUGAUGUUACAAAAUAUCAGUACAUGUUACAAGGAUCCUGAUGAGCCGGGGCCUGCUCAUUAUAAUCCUCGAAUGCUACAAAGACCAAGUUCAACUAAAAGAUAUCCUUUCGAUAGCAAUAUACAGUAUAUACGACCGCUUCCACCAAGGGGCAUUCCUGGCCCAGGAAGAUAUAAGAUUAAACAAAGGUAUCGUGUAAAAGGACAUGGAUGGAAAAGUGUUUUCAAGAGCAAAGUUCCUAGAAUAAUCAAUGUCGCUGCUCCAUCAUAUAACUAUUAAUUUCUAU